GGAAUCUCCCAAGGGCGACUCCGGGCUGCUGAAAGACUCUGACUCGAGACCUCGUCCCGCCAUUUGUAUAAAGAUGGCUGGCGGCCGCCUGGAUUCUUGGGUGUCAGACGAUCAGGCUCUCGGGUCGUGGCAGCGAACAACAAUAGUCCGCCUUUUGAUUUCCUCGGUUGGCCCCUGCUUCGGCCAUCACCGCCGCCUUCUUGUGCUUCCGAAUCUACCUUAUUGGGCAGGUUAAGACCACCGCGACGGUGACAUCAUGUCUCCCUCAGCACGGGAUGAGCACGCCGCUCGGCGAGUGGCCGUCGCCAAAGCCAACAUGGACGAGUCGACCGUGAACGAGGCAGCCGCAGCCACCGAUGCCGAACACAGCAUGGGGCUCCUCGAGUCUCUCAAGCUGUACAGGAAGGCCUGCAUGUGGUCCAUCUUCCUGUCGACGUGCAUCGUCAUGGAAGGUUUCGACAAUGCCUUCCUCUCCAGCCUCUUCGCCUACCCCCCUUUCCAGCGCAAGUUCGGCGUCGCCCAACCUGACGGCACGUACCAGCUCACAGCCGAGUGGCAGACCGGCUUGACCAACGGCGUGCUCGCCGGUCAGAUCAUCGGCCUCUUCGCCAACGGCAUCCUCGCCGACCGGUUCGGAUACCGCAAGACCUUGAUCGGCGCCUUGAUCGGCUGCAUCGCUUUCAUCUUCAUCAUCUUCUUCUCCGAGACGCUGGUGCAGCUACUCAUCGGCGAGAUCCUCAUCGGUUUCCCCUGGGGCGUCUUCCAGACCUCGACGACCACAUACGCGUCCGAGGUGUGCCCGACUCACCUUCGAGCGUACUUGACAACUUAUGUCAACCUGUGUUGGGUCAUUGGCCAGUUCAUCGCCUCCGGUGUGCUGCGAGCCAUGCUGAAUCGCGACGACCACUGGGGAUACAAGAUUCCCUUUGCCUUGCAAUGGGUGUGGCCCGUCCCUCUGAUCAUUGGCAUCUGGCUUGCGCCCGAGUCUCCUUGGUGGCUCGUCCGGCACGGCCGCCUCGACGAGGCUAAGCGAUCGCUCGCCCGCCUGACGACGCGAAACUCGGGCGUGAAAUUCCACCCCGACGAGACGAUUUCGAUGAUGAUCCAUACCAACGAGAUGGAAAAGGAACUGCUGGCCGGCACCUCCUAUACAGACCUGUUCAAGGGCGUCAAUCUGCGCCGAACGGAAAUUGUGUGCAUCACGUGGAUGAUCCAGACCCUGUGCGGCGCCACUUUCAUGGGCUACUCGACAUACUUUUACCAGCAAGCUGGCAUGGCCGUCGAGAACUCUUUCAGCAUGUCGCUCGGCCAAUAUGCGCUCGGCGCCGUCGGCACCAUCACCUCCUGGUUCCUGAUGCAGUGGUUCGGCCGCCGGACGCUGUACCUAUGGGGACAAGUCGUCAUGUGCGUCCUGCUGCUGACUAUCGGAUGCUCCGCCUUUGCCGGCCGGGAGAAUGUCGCUGCGCAGUGGGCCAUCGGUUCGCUGCUUCUCGUUUACACCUUCACCUACGAUGCCACGGUCGGCCCGGUCUGCUACUCGCUCGUGGCGGAGCUCACCUCGACACGCCUGCGCACAAAGUCGGUCGUCAUGGCCCGCAACAUGUACAACAUGGUCGGCAUCGUCACCAACAUCAUCACGCCUCGCAUGCUCAACCCCACGGCGUGGAACUGGGGAGCCAAGUCGGGCUUCUUCUGGGCAGGCACGUGCUUCCUCUGCGCGGUCUGGACCUUCUUCCGACUGCCGGAACCCAAGGGCCGCACCUAUGGCGAGCUGGACGUGCUCUUUGAGAACCGCGUCAGCGCCCGCAAGUUCAAGUCCACGGCGGUGGACCGGUUUGAUGGAUGUAGUAGCAGUGAGAGCACCCCCGAGAAGGAAAAGGUGGUUGAGGAUGUCAUGGUCGAGAGUGUCAACAGCCAACCGAACUAGGUAGGCUCAGAAGGCUGUGCCCGUGAGCAGAGACAGCCAGGACGGCGAACGAUGUGCCGUGUAUGGUGGGUGGGAGGCAAAUAAACGAAUCAACUGAUUUAAAGUAUGGGACCCUGGGACAUUCCGAGUGGGCGGUCAAACCAGUGACGAUCAAUCGAUCCUGCAUUAAUGAAAUAAUGCCACAGCACACAUCGUGGCGUCAGGAGUUGGUGUUGUUGCCCAUGCGCAAAGUGCCUCUGGAGUAUGACAAGGCUUUGCGAUUCCGGCAACCGAGCUGAAGGGCUUCGCCCCUCACUCAGGUGUCCGCUCCUCUCGUUCUCUUUAUUGCGUGGUUGGUGCCCUGCAAGGAGCCAUGACCCGUAAAUUAGCCUCUUCCUGUGUACUGAUUCUCAGGUCGCCAUCACCGCGCGUCAUUUCAAUCUCAACCGCGCA